UCCAUUUAACAGAAGCGCACGUACUCCCUCAAUUUUUGAGACUCGGAGCUUUGUGGAAGGAGAAGACGCCAUGGAAAGGCUUCUGCAACCACCGUCUUCCUCCACGAUUUCGUCUCCCAAAUUCCCAUCGAGGGCUUCUCCUUUCCUCCCUCGUCUCCGCUCGUCGACCCUCGGCUUCCUCUCCUCGCGCCGAGUCAGCUCAGUUUCCUGCAGCAGCUUCUGGAACCAAUCGGCUUGUACGCCUAAGAGAUGUAAUCUAGCUAUCAAUUCCUUGAAUGGGCCUCCUUCUUCUCGGGAAUCGAAACCUAAUCCUGGAUCUCUCCAGCGGAUCGUGGGGGCAGUUUCUGAGAAACGAAAGACAUUAUCUACUGGAACGGUGAUACUAAUCUCUGCAGUAGCUGCGCUUCUGCUAAACCCUCUUCUUGCACCACCUGCUUUCGCCAGCUUCCAAACAGCAGCUAAAACCGGAUGGCUAGCAAGCGCCUGGACUGGCUUCCUCGCCGGUUGUUUGCAUACUCUCUCAGGACCAGAUCACCUCGCUGCUCUAGCUCCGCUUUCGAUCGGACGCACGAAAAUGGAGAGCGCUGCAGUUGGAGCUCUCUGGGGAUGCGGGCACGACGCUGGCCAAGUCAUCUUCGGCCUACUCUUUCUCCUGCUUAAAGACCGCCUCCACAUCGAGGUGCUGCAGACUUGGGGUACAAGAAUCGUGGGGCUGACGCUCGUCAUCAUCGGCGCCAUGGGGAUCAAAGAAGCUUCGGAGGCUCCAGAGCCUUGCGUGGCGUUGGAAACCGACAUGAGCGGGAUUGUGCCGACGGAGAAAGAAGCUUUAUCCCCGCCGCUGCCUAAAAAGAAGAAGAUAGGGUUUGCUACGUUUGCGACUGGAGUGGUUCACGGGCUGCAGCCUGAUGCGUUGAUGAUUGUGUUGCCUGCGUUGGCUCUGCCGUCUCGGAUAGCAGGGUCUGCGUUUCUGAUAAUGUUUCUGGUCGGGACGGUUGUGGCGAUGGGGAGCUACACGGCGUUUAUAGGGUCUUGUAGUGAGGCGUUGAAAGAGAAGGUGCCGAGGAUCACGGAGAAGCUGACUUGGGUUUCGUCUCUGGUUGCUAUUGGUCUUGGAUUGGGGAUUGUCAUCAGCCCUUUCUUUGGUUUUAGCCUCUACUGAGAAAGUUUUUUUUUGGUUUAUUCAUUUUAGUAGUUGCUUGUAUGAACACAAUCUCAUAAUCUUUGGUUUUGAACUCUCUUCGGAGAAGACUAUUUCGUGAUUAUUUUUCUUUUCUUUUAAGACAAGUUUGGUUUUUUUGGUUUGAAUUAUCAAACAAGUGGAUUUAAGUGUAACCUUUUUUUUUU